CUUCCCUCCUAUUUCCGACUCCCCUUGAAGUUCCAGAGCGUCGGAUUGGAUGGACCGCCACUGCCCGGCGCCCUUCGCCGUCGAGAUCCCAUCCGAUGACGAUGACCUCGACGACGACGCGGCCACCUUCUCUCCCUCACUUCCUCCUCUCAAGAAGAGGCUAGAAUUGGACCAUGGCAGCGACGCUGCUGGCCGUGGAGUCGGAGGAGGAGCGCCUCCGCCCCUUCUUGUGAUCGACGACGACCCCACCCCUCGGAAGCCCAGUCGGGACCCCACGCCCUCUUUCGUGGCCGAAACCCCUCUCCCGGCCGAUCACGCCUUCGACUCCGAUGCCUCCAUUGUCCGGUGUACCCUUGCUCGCUCCAAUACAGCAAGCGGUUCGUCCCGGAAAUUCUCCGGAAUUGCUGGCUUAAUAUGUUUGGAGUCAGACAAUGAGUCAGAAGGCAAUGCCCAUGAGGGAAGUCCAAAAACUUUAAGAACCAUGACUGCAGCUUGCGACGUGCCAGAGCACUCUGAGAUAAACUCUAACUUCCUUGUGGUGGAAAGUCCAGUAGCUACAGGCUCUGAAAAAGACCAUUCGAGAUUGUGUUCGACAAUAAAUGAAGCUGUUUCAGGCAGAAAUGAUACAAAUGAUGAACUUAUUUCUGGAAAUACUAACCGUGGUUCAUUUGAUGGUAUCAGAGGUGCCACUAACUUGAUACAGAUUCUUGGAGACAGCCCUCAACAUGGUCAUACCUUCGCAGAAGAUUUUACUGUACUGGCUGCAAGCUGUGAGGAGGAGCACAACUUGUUGGGGCAACUAGAUAGUACUGCAAAGUGGAAAGGAAAUCAUGCAGCAGUUGGUGCUGAUAAAGAUAAUAAGAAUGAACCAGCUGUGAGAAAGAAGCAACUGAAAGAAGAAAAAGCUCGUUUAGUUGAAGAACGAAAAAGAAAGAGGCAGCAAGAUAAAUUACAGAAAGAAGCUUUGAAAGCUGAAGCAGCAGAGAUGAGAAAAUUGGUGAAGGAAAAGCAGAAAUGGGAAAGGGGGAAAUAUGCACUAAAAUCUAUUGUAGCUGAGAUUGAUACUAAAGUUGUUGAAAAUGGGUUAGUUGGAGGACAUCUUCUCACCAGGUUGGCGGAAAAAGGCCUUUCUUUUCGUAUAACUUCUAAUCCAAUCGAAAGGUCAAUUAUGUGGAAAAUGAACAUGCCUGACCAAAUUGCUCAGCUCUCAUCAGCGCAAUUGGAAGUGCCUUACAUAAUAUUUGUAUAUCAAGCAGAGGAAUUUUGUGAUCUUGUAAUUAGUGAGUCCCUUAUCGAUCACGUCCACAGAGUACGAAGUCGCUAUCCAUCAUUCACAAUUUGUUACCUCACAAACAAAUUAAUGAGUUACAUCAAUAAGUGUGAACAAAGUCAGUACAAGAAUCCAUCAAAUGUUAGUUGUUGGAAACGUCCACCAGUUGAGGAGAUUCUGGCAAAAUUGACAACUCAUUAUACUAGAGUGCACUCAAGGCAAUGCAUAGAUGAAGCUGAACUAGCUGAACAUGUUGUCGGUUUGACAUCUGGCCUUGCCAAUUGCCAAUUUAGGAGGAAAUUGACAUGGCUUUCCGUAAAUGCAAAUGGGUCCAUCAUUCCUAAGGAUUUCAUCGACAAAAAUCUUGUUAAGAAAAAUAUCUGGUUGAAGGCACUAAUAUCCAUUCCUAAAGUGCAGCCCAGAUAUGCAAUUGCCAUUUGGAAAAAAUAUCCAACUAUGAGAUCUCUUUUGAAUGUAUACAUGGAUCCAAAUAAAUCGGUGCAUGAGAAAGAAUUUCUUCUUAAAGAUUUGAUGGUUGAAGGGCUUUUAGGCAAUGAAGACAGGAGGUUAGGUGAGAUCUGUUCUAAGAGAGUGUAUAGAAUACUUAUGGCACAAAGUGGAGGCAUCAAAACUGAAGAUGUUGAGGAAGGAGCUGAUUAUUUUGGCUGCUAACUGUCUAUGAAUGACAUACAAAACGAAUAGCUCUUGCCACCAUUAGAAUAUUUAGUCAUAGAUGUUCAUUCAUGUUGUUGCUUGGACAGAACGUUGUGGUAUGAGUUAUUUAAUUAAUUCAUAUUUCCAUUUUGAUCUGAAGAAACCCCCACAACUAUGAUUGGAUGUUUUAUACUGUCUGUUACUAGAAGAAUGUAUUUGUUGACUGAUAUUUGACUGUAAGAGAAUAUGGUGCACAGCAUCUUUACUGCACCAAAUUUUAUAUCAAAUAUAAUUGGGCUCAUAUCUGAUGGUGAGCUGCACGAUACAUGGCAAGUGACAAUUGUUCCUUUGCCAGGUCUUU